AUGCACCUGGCGGAGUACGUUCCGUUAAAAGCCCGCGUGAAGGUGCACCUGGCGCCGGAGUUGGACGAUGCGGAAUUGGAGAAGGCAGAGGUAGUCGGUUUGGGUUCGUGGACUCCGGGUUGGUGGAAGGAGCUAUCGCCAAUUCCGCCUGAGGUGAAAUGGGCUCGUCAGUAUUGGGUACCGUUGGACAAGGAUGCUGAAGAUGUGCGUAACGUGGCGGUGUAUGUCCCGUCACGUGUGGGUGUAACAAAGUUGACAUCCAAGUUGUUCAGGACAUCCUUUGAUGCGUAUCUCGCAUUACAUGAGACGUUGUCACAAGAGAGUUGGCGUCAUUUGCGCACCAUCGGGCUCGAAGGAUUCUCGUCAUGCGACUAUCAUCUACUCGAACUAGGCGCUAUCAUCGCCGCUUAUUUACCCACACCUUUCGGAGAUGUUGCCACGCCCCUCCGGGAAGAACUUUACAGAGUAAUCGAACUACGCAAAGCCGGACACUGGGUCACGGGCUGCUUGUUGCAGCAUGCAGCAAAGGUCGCAGAAGGUGGCACCGACCUUCAAGGAGCCUUCGUCCAACGCCUCGUGGACUUUUGUAUAAACACACUUGGUUACACACCCGUAGCAGGUGCCAAGCCACUGUGUCUUCGAACGGUCGAAGUACUUCGACCAGAAUGUGUUGACCGCCCUGCACUCAGCAAGAUGCCCGUGGAGCGCCGACGAGAAUUGCUAAUGGAACAACUCGCUGCCGUCGACAGGUAUACCAACGAAUUCGAAGCCAUCAAAAUAAACGCCAGGCAGUUCCAAGCAAUGACCAAAAAUCCCGUCGCCUGGACUCGAACGCCCGACUCUCAGACCCCAUCACCCGUCUCCUGGACCAGAACGGAGGAAGUGCCAGCGAAGAAGCAGAAGCCCCUACCUCUCGAUGACAGCGACCGUGCAGACGUCGAAGCCAUGGUCGAACAGAUAUUUAGAGACAAUCAAUCCAGCCUCGCCUCUUGUCUCGACCAGUGUCUCGACCAGUGUCUCACUCAAACCACCAACUCACCUGAAUGGAUCUCCAAUGCUCUCGGGUCCCUUGAUAUUACCGAAACGGGAGAAAUCGCCGAUAGUGACUGGACCGACGUCCUCGGGUCCCUUGAUAUCACCGAAAUUGAAGCCGAACUUGCUGGUGGCGACCAACACAUCACACCACAUACUUCCCCACUUAUUAACGAGAACGGGGACUUUCUGGAUGAGAUACUUGCAUCCAUCGAACAGAAUGGAGAAAGAUUAUGUGCCCCAUAA